AUGUCUAAGGCUUCUAGCAAGCGCAGCAAGUUUGCCGAGCUUGCUGCUCUGCGAGCUUCUGGUAAGAAGGCUUAUGAUUCUUACCAGGUAGAAGAUGUACAGGACUUGUACGAGGAAGUCGACGAGAACCAAUACAAGAAAAUCGUUCGCGACCGACUAAACCAAGAUGACUUCGUUGUUGACGACAACGGCGAGGGCUACGCCGAUGAUGGAAGAGAGGAAUGGGACCGUGUGCAUACCUACGAAUCGGAGAGUGAAGAUGAAGUAGUACUUGGCGGAAAACCUCGAAACAAAUCAGAUAAAAAGAAGCGUGACGAGGAAAAAGCGAAGCGGGAUGCGAACGACCGCGAUAUAAGUGAAUACUUCACUAAGGGCCAAACUGCUGUUCAACAAAAGCCAAAGGUCGUGAAAACCGAAGAAGAUGAGAGGUUCCUGUCGGACCUACUCGGCGAAGUCGAUGCAAACAUACCUGCCCCAGUAUCGCGAGCUUCAAAGCGACACAGAUCCCCUGAAAGGCGUCGAGCUCGUGUCCUAUCGCCCAUCCGAGAAACCCGUCAGCCAGCGCCCAAGAAAGCAAGACUCAGUGAGGAACGAUUACCGCCGAGCCCCCGAGCGGAAGAUACUGUCUUUGACGACAAUGGCUUUCUUCCGGCAGCAAUGGACGAUGACGAUGAUCUCCUACCACCCGCCGCAGACGUACCCAUGAGCGAUUCAGUUCCAGCUCCUUCCUCUCCCACGACAACGGCCCUCGCGCGCAAGACGAAGGUAAAACCCGAGCCUGUAGAAGAGGAAGAUGAAGAAAUGAUGGAAGUUUCUCAUGCUGGUACCGUGAACGCCGCUAGCGUGAAUUUGUCUGCGUCUCGUCCUAUCAAAAAGCUGGUCAAGCCAGAUCCGUACCCUUCUCCUGCCAGUUCAUCUCCAACAAAACCCUCUGAGGAAUCCGUUGAUUCGUCGUCGUGGAAUAAUCUCACAGACAAAUUAAGUAUUGUUAGCUCGCCCGCUGCUGAAACCAAACCUAUUGGAAAGGCCGACUACAGAGAUACCAUUGAAGAAGAUGGAAGUCUUAAUAUGUUCUGGACUGAUUAUACCGAAGUCAAUGGUACGCUUUGUUUGUUCGGAAAAGUGUUGAACAAGAAGACGGGCAACUAUGUGAGUUGCUUCACCAAAGUUGACAAUAUUCUGAGGAAGCUGUAUUUCCUACCUCACCAGUAUCGCCAGAAAAAUGGGGAAGAUACGAGCAAAGAGAUUGAAAUGGGGGAUGUCUACUCCGAGGUGGAUGAAAUCAUGACCAAGAUGAAAGUCGAUAUGCAUAAGAUAAAGCCUUGUACUAGGAAAUAUGCAUUCGAGCUCCCUGGUAUACCUAAAGAGGCACAAUAUUUGAAACUGCUAUACCCUUACACGAAACCACAAAUCCCCUCAGAAAAGACAGGAGAGACUUUCUCACACAUUUUCGGCACGAAUACUGCAUUGUUCGAGCAGUUUGUGCUAUGGAAGAAUAUCAUGGGCCCUUGCUGGCUUAAAAUAAGAGAUGCUGAUUUUAGCACUCUCAAGAAUGCUUCUCAUGCCAAACUUGAAGUCCUUGUUAGCGAUCCCGAUACAAUAUCCUCAAUGAGCGAGUCUGAUAACCUGGACGCGCCUCCUCUUACCUUAAUGAGUAUUGCCAUGCGAACCGUUUUCAACGCCAAAGAUAACAAGCAAGAAAUUCUUGCAAUCAGCGCUCGAAUCUACGAAAAUAUUCUACUAAGCGAUACCACGCCUGCAGAAAAAAUCCCUUCUAGGACGUUCACUCUGAUGAGGCCGAAUGGAUCCGGAUAUCCUACCGGCUUCGAAAAGCUAGCCUUAGGAAGAAAGAAAGCACCCGUUAAGUUAUGGAAACAGGAGUCGGAAUUACUAUCAUUCUUUUUGGCGCAAAUCGACCUCAUAGACCCCGAUGUAAUCCUCGGUCAUCAACUUGAGGGUGUUGACUAUAGCGUCCUAUUAAAUCGCUUGCACGAGAAGAGAACCCCCCGAUGGUCUCGACUCGGACGAUUACAUAGAACACAAUGGCCGGCAUCGAUUGGGAAGACAGGUGGCAACGUAUUUGCUGAACGUCAACUUAUGGCUGGUCGCCUAUUAUGUGACCUUGCCAACGAGGCCGGAAAAUCGGUUAUGUACAAGUGUCAGUCCUGGAGCUUGACAGAGAUGUGUAAUAUCUACCUUGGUGGAGACGCCAUUAGACGGGAUUUUGAUAACGAAGCCGCUUUAAAGACUUGGGCGGCAGACAAGACUGGCCUAAUGGAUUACAUCACCCACAUGGAAGCAGACACGUAUUUCAUCGCGGCACUGGCUUUGAGCACUCAGAUGUUACCUUUGACCAAGGUCUUAACGAACUUGGCUGGUAACUCUUGGGCUCGAACAUUGACCGGUACUCGAGCUGAACGAAACGAGUACAUUUUGUUACACGAGUUCUACCGAAACAAAUACAUAUGUCCUGAUAAGCAAUUCUUCAAGGGACGACCAAAAGCCGAGGAAGAAAAUAACGAUGGAGAGGUUACCGAAACCAAAAAGAAGGACAAGUAUAAGGGUGGUUUGGUUUUCGAACCCGAAAAGGGUCUAUAUGAUAAAUUCGUGCUUGUCAUGGAUUUCAACUCGCUUUACCCAUCUAUCAUCCAGGAAUUUAAUAUCUGCUUCACGACGGUAGACCGGAGCUCAUUGUCCGAUGACGAUGAUGCAGUACCAGAUGUUCCUACACAACAAGAUCAAGGCAUACUGCCGAAACUUAUUGCCACUCUUGUCAGUCGGCGGCGGCAGGUUAAGGCGCUCAUGAAAGACAAAAAUGCCACCCCUGAAGAGCUCGCCACAUGGGACAUCAAACAACUUGCUUUGAAGCUGACAGCCAAUUCUAUGUACGGUUGUUUGGGAUACGACAAGUCCCGAUUUUACGCAAGGCCUCUUGCUGUUCUGACGACCUAUAAAGGUCGUGAGAUUCUCAGAAGCACCAAAGAACUCGCAGAGUCGAAGUCUCUCCAGGUCAUCUAUGGUGAUACUGAUUCGGUCAUGAUCAAUGCCAAUGUGGAGUCCGUCGCCGACGCACUUAAGGUCGGUCAAGAAUUCAAAAGGACCGUCAAUGAGCGAUAUCGGCUGCUCGAGAUCGAUAUUGACAACGUUUUCCGACGUAUCUUGCUACAGGCCAAGAAGAAGUAUGCUGCUAUCAACCUUGUAGAGGUUCCUGGUGGCAAAUUUGUCGAGAAGAUGGAAGUUAAAGGUCUUGAUAUGAAGCGCAGAGAAUACUGUGGUCUAUCCAAAGAGAUCUCAUCUCGCAUCCUCAACGAAAUCCUCUCGGGCGAUGAGACUGAGGUCUCUGUUCAACGCAUACAUGAAUAUUUGCGUGAGAUCUCAGCCAAGAUGCGGGAAUAUACUAUCCCUGUACCUAAAUACAUCAUCUACACACAACUUGGUAAGGCGCCGAACGAAUAUCCGAUUGCGGAUUCAAUGCCACAAGUUCAAGUCGCCCUGCGAGAAAUUGCUCGGGGUAAGCCUGUCCGUCGUGGAGACGUUAUAUCGUAUGUCGUCACCGGAGACAGCAAGACAACCUCAGAGCCCGUCGCCAAGCGCUCGUACACGCCUCAAGAUGUGAUGAAAUCCGGUUCUGAAUUGAAGGUAGAUGUCGAAUGGUACAUUGGCAAACAGAUCUUCCCACCUGUGGAGCGUCUCUGCGCCAACAUUACUGGAACAUCUACUACCCAGCUCGCGGAACAACUCGGUCUCGAUAUUCGUCGUUAUGCGAGCAACUCCAACUACAACCAGUCCGGAUCCAACGACUUUGAAAUCCACCCGCUGGAAUCUCAAAUUCCCGACGAAAUUCGUUUCCGCGACUGCGCCCGCCUCUCGCUGCGCUGUCGCAAGUGUAAGACGUCGGCUCCUUUCGAGGGUCUUUUGUCCAUGCCAGAUGCCGAAAACCGCAUUACGCCGCAAGGUCUCGCAUGUCCAUCAUGCUCCGCAUUGAUCCCCAAUUUAACCAUUGUGGCGCAAGUAGAACGUGCGAUCCGCACUGAGACGGCACGGUACUACGAAGGUUGGCUCGUGUGCGACGAUACCUCGUGCGGGAACCGCACGCGGCAAAUGUCCGUGUACGGCACACGGUGCUUAGGCCCUAAGGGCUUGGCUACGGGUUGUCUCGGUCGCAUGCGUUACGAGUAUGGCGAGCGUGAUAUGUACAAUCAACUAGUUUACUUCGCAUCCUUAUGGGACAUCGAAAAAGCACGCGCUAGAGCGAAUUCAGGUGAAACCGGCCUAGGAGGUUCAGGUAACGGCGGUAGUCUGAGCGCCUCGGAAAAAGAAAGAGUUAUCGCACUCGCCGAACACAACCGCAAGAGAUUCGAUACCGUGAAAAACGUCGUCGAUAAGUACCUCGAUAAGUGCGGAAGGCGGUGGGUAGCUAUGGACACGUUAUUCGGGAAGCUAGGGUUUGCUGCUGUUUAA